CUUUUUUUUUCGAGGUAGGCACAGGUGGCACACUGAUUGAGAAAAGACACUUGUUUCAGGAUAAACAAGGUGGGGAAGGGAAAGGGGGGCGAGAGGAAGGUAGCGCGCUGUCGACGGGCCCAGGCUAACGAGGACAGGUUAGACUGGUUUCAACCCACGCGGGGGCCUUACCCGUCCUCGCCUUUCUGAAAGGAACGACACCCGUGGAAAGAAAGCGACAGAUAAGCGUCCUUGGAAGGGAAAGUCACAAGGGCUUGUCUGCACAUUUCAACAUUAGCCUCAGGAAGGAAUUUCAAGAUGCCAGAGGAAGGCCAAUAUUAUGGAAAACAUGGCGAGCCCCGCAAGUAUGACCCCACAUUCAAAGGCCCACUCCAGAAGAGGGGCUGCACGGACAUUGUGUGCUGCAUCCUCUUCAUUAUCGCCAUUUUAUGUUAUAUCGGAGUGGGAAUACUCGCUUGGUCGCAGGGUGACCCCAGGAAGGUGAUCUAUCCCACGGACAGCCGAGGCCAGUUCUGCGGGCAGGCCGGAACCCCUCUCGAGAAGAAGCCGCUGUUGUUCUACUUCAACAUUAUGAAGUGUGCCAGCCCCAUGGUGCUGCUGGAGUUCCAGUGUCCCACCACACAGAUGUGUGUGGAGAAGUGCCCCGAGAAGUUCAUGACGUUGAUCAAAGCUUACAGCAACAGAAAAGACUUUGACUACUACAAGUCCUUCUGCAAGGAAGGCGUGACCAACUCCAUGGCUGUCACCGAAAUCCUCAAGUUGGGUCUCUGUCCUGCCAUGCUGACCCCCAGCAAGCCUUUCACCCGUAGGUGCUUCCCAGCUUUGGGUAAAAAAGGAGGAAUGAUAACGGUAGGAAACAGCUCUCACUUUGACGAUGGAACUGGAAAGAUGAGAGACGCCAAGGAUCUUGUCGACGGCGUGAAGAAUGCUACCGUGGUUAUUGAAGCUCGCCAGGUGGUGAUGAAAAUCUUUGAGGAUUACACGCAGUCUUGGUACUGGAUCCUGAUAGGUUUGGUUCUUGCCACGGUCCUCAGCCUGAUCUUCAUCGUUCUCCUGCGCUUCCUGGCAGGCAUCAUGGUCUGGAUCAUGGUAGCCUUGGUGAUAAUAGUCAUCGGAUACGGCAUCUUCCACUGCUACAUGGAGUACGCCGCCCUCAAAGAUACGCCUGGAGCUGACGUGACCCUGCAGGAUCUUGGCUUUCAGACAGAUUUCACAGUCUACCUUCAGAUCCGACAGACCUGGCUGGCCUUCAUGAUCAUUCUCGCCAUAGUGGAAGUGAUCAUCAUCCUUCUACUCAUCUUCCUCAGGAAAAGGAUUUUAAUUGCCAUCGCGCUCAUCAAAGAAGCCAGCAAGGCCAUUGGACAUGUGAUGUGUUCUCUCCUCUACCCGCUGUUCACUUUUCUGCUGCUGGCUAUCGUCAUCGCCUACUGGGCCACCACCGCUGUUUUCCUGUCUACUUCCAACGAACCGAUCUACAAAGUGUUCAACGACAGCGCGUGCGAGCACUCGAGGAAAACCUGCGAUCCAGCUAACUACACGACCACAGCCAUGAAGGCGCAGUGCCCGGACUCGGAGUGCCUUUUUGCCUUCUACGGCGGCGAGACGGUUUACCACAAAUACCUGAUUGGCUUGCAGUUCUACAACGUCUUUCUCUUCUUUUGGUGUGCCAACUUUGUCACGGCGCUGGGGCAGAUGACUUUGGCGGGGGCCUUUGCCUCUUACUACUGGGCUUUUGUCAAGCCAGACGACAUGCCUUCCUUCCCCAUAUUUUCUUCUCUUGGCAGAUCUCUCAGGUAUCACACAGGAACCCUGGCGUUUGGCUCCCUCAUCCUUUCAAUCAUUCAGAUCAUUCGAGUUCUGCUGGAGUAUCUGGACCAUAAACUUAAAGGAGCCCACAAUAAGUGUACCAGAUUCCUCAUGUGCUGUCUCAAGUGCUGCUUUUGGUGCUUGGAGAAAUGCAUCAAGUUCUUAAACAGAAACGCCUACAUUAUGGUGGCGAUAUACGGCAAAAACUUCUGCACGUCUGCCAGAGACGCCUUCUUCCUGCUCAUGAGGAAUAUGAUAAGGGUGGCGGUGCUGGACAAAGUGACAGAUUUCCUUUUGUUUUUGGGCAAACUGCUCGUCGUUGGACUCGUGGGGGUCUUUGCCUUUUUCUUCUUCUCUGGGAGAGUGAAGGCCUUUGAGAACACCGCCCCGCAUCUCCACUACUACUGGGUGCCAAUCCUGACUGUGGUGGUUGGCUCCUAUCUCAUUGCCCACGGAUUCUUCAGUGUGUACGCCAUGUGCGUGGACACACUUUUCCUCUGCUUCUGUGAAGACCUGGAGCGGAACGAUGGUUCCACCGUGAGGCCUUAUUACAUGUCCGCAACUCUCCGUGAGAUUCUCUGGAAGAACAAGGCGGAAGGUCCACCGUCUUCUGCUCCGCUUCCGGAUGAAGAACUCGGUGGAGAGAAACACUUUAAGGAGGAGGCCGCAUCGUUCAUAGACAGGAAUUUGGACAAGGACACUUAGCUUUGAUUUUGAAACGAAGGAGAUGGUUGGUUUUUUUUUGUGGGUUUUUUUUUAGCCUUACGUCUCGCAGGCAUGCUCAGAAGUGGCAAGUAUCCAAAACAGGGAAGUUUAAUGAGCACCCAAGUCUUCAUCUUAAGACAGCUGAAUACCGGUACUGUUGACACGUCUCCAAACGACAUGUGUGAAAUGUCUUACCGUUUUCCCGCAGUGUUAAACGCAAUGGAAAAAGUUUAGGGGGGCGGGGCUUGUGAUUUGGCUGUAAUGUAUUUGUGCUGCCGGCCAGUAGCCAUUUGAUUGACACCACUUAUGUGCCUACUUUUUCGAAUUGACUGAUCAUCUGAAUGCAUCUUAGAAUGUAAAAAAAUUGAGAGUUAGAAGCUCGAAAGUAAUUGAUGUGCGCUAACACCGAAUGACCUAGAAGCAUGAUUUGCCUUGCCUUCCGUUUUUACUGCGAGUCUUGCCUAGUUUGGACGGCGACGCAUCCCAACUUUUGACAUGUUUGCUCAAUGUACUUGAUAUAAUAAAACGCAACUCAUGGAAACGAGA